CGCCCUUUUGGCGUAUAAUUUGCAUAAACAAAGUGCUAAAAACAUUGCAUUUAAUUCUAACUAUUUAUUCAAUUUAAAGCACUGUUACUAAUGAUUAGUUGCCUAGGACCUAUUAGAUUUAUUUUUGUAUCAAUUUAUAUAUAGUUGUCUAUUAUAGUGACAAAUCCAGUCAUUGUUUGUAUGAAUUAUAGUUAUAUUAAUAGUGAAAACCACUGAAUAUCUCAACAAUGACUCCAAUGUUUCAAUCGAUUCCCAAAAACCGGACUUUUUGUCCACAUUUGCAGACAUUUGCCCGGAAUUUGCAUUUAUUUCGGGCGAAUAAGUGUCUGAAGAUCAAUGGAACCGUUGGAACCAAUAGAAGAUAUCUCAGCAAACAAUCCAUUUAUUUCGCCGACACUUUGGAUCCCAAAGAAUCGAAAUUUGACAAAAUAUUGGUCGCAAACAGAGGAGAGAUCGCCUGUCGAGUGAUUAAGACGUGUCGACAGAUGGGUAUCACAAGUGUUGCCAUUCAUAGUGACAUCGACUCCAAUGCUCUUCACGUACUGAUGGCCGACGAGUCUUAUUGUGUGGGAAGCGCCGCCUCUAAAGACAGUUACCUCAAC